UCAAUACCUGAAAACACCCUGCUUGUGUUAGGAAAUUUUCAUCAAAUAUUGUAGGACAGGAAUUUAAUAUUCAUCAUAUUUUGUAUAUAAACAUGUCAUCAACAAUUGGAGGCUUUGAAUUUGAUAAUGUUGCCCGUAACAUUUAUCUUCAAUCAAAUCUUAAUGUAACACCACCAAAAGUACUCAAGACUGGUACAACAAUUUGUGGUGUAGUUUACAAGGAUGGUGUUGUUUUGGGAGCUGAUACAAGAGCUACUGAAGGUCCUAUUGUCGCUGAUAAGAAUUGCGAAAAGAUUCACUACAUUGCUCCAAACAUUUAUUGUUGUGGUGCUGGUACUGCUGCCGAUACUGAAAAUUCCACUGCAUUGAUCAGUUCUAAAUUACAACUCCAUCGUUAUGCCACAGGUAAACAAUCACGUGUUGAUACAUCAAUGACAAUGUUUAAACGUAUGUUAUGGAAAUAUCAAGGACAUGUUAGUGCUGCUUUGGUUUUGGGUGGUGUUGAUGUUAAUGGACCUUCUCUUUAUACAAUCUAUCCUCAUGGUUCUACUGAUAAAUUACCAUUCGUUACUAUGGGUUCAGGAUCAUUGGCUGCCAUGUCAGUUUUUGAAGCUGAAUAUAAGGAUGAUAUGUCUGAAGAAGAAGCUAAAGCUAUUGUUCACAAGGCUAUUUCUGCUGGUAUUUACAAUGAUUUGGGUUCUGGUUCAAAUGUAGAUUUAUGUGUCAUUAAUAAGGAAGGUGUAGCUAACUAUAUUCGUGGUUAUGACGUACCUUCUGGAAGAAAGUAUCGUCGUGAAUAUGUUAUUCCUCGUGGUACGACUGCUAUUUUGAACCAAAAGGUUCUUGAAUUGAAAUCAAAGUUGGUUGUUGAAGAAACUAUUAGCACAGCAAUGCAAACCUCUGAAUAAUUCCAUUUUGUAAAUUAUCAUAUAAAAAAAUUGUAACU